AUGACCUCAUCCCCCCCAUCAUCCUCAUCUGCAUCCCCUCCACAACCCUACCUUUCCCUCUCCGCCCAAAAGAAAACUACACAACACUCCCUCAUACCCCAAGAAUGGCGACUUCCCACCGAAAAAUACCAAAACCUGUCCAACGUGAUGGAAGUCCCGCUUAGCUGCGGACUCUUAAACGAGACCGAAUAUCAGAUUACUUCUGACUACGACGCCACUGCGCUUCUUGAAUUGCUGAAGAAUGGAGUCUUCACUGCGGAGCAAGUAACCAUUGCGUUUUGCAAAAGAGCGGCUAUUGCUCAUCAAUUAACAAACUGUCUGACCGAAAUAUUUUUCUCCGCAGCAAUCGAAAGAGCCAAGAUCCUCGAUCUCAAAUACGCCUCCUCGAAAUCAAACGGGAAACCUCUUCCUCCGCUAUUCGGCCUACCAAUUUCCCUGAAAGAUAGUUUUGACGUCGCCGGAUACGAUACUUCGACUGGGUUGGGUUGUUAUGUAAAUGCUCCCGCCUUGGAAGAUAGCGCACUAGCUGCUAUGCUUCUCGAUUUAGGUGCAAUUCUAUACUGCAAAACCAAUCUUCCCCAAUCAAUCAUGACAGGAGAUAGUCACAACAACAUCUUCGGACGAACGUUGAAUCCACGCAAUAAAUCACUAACAGCGGGUGGAAGUACUGGGGGUGAAGGUGCGCUUCUUGCUCUUCGAGGUAGCAUUUUGGGUAUUGGAACGGAUAUUGGUGGAAGUAUUCGUGUUCCAACGGUAUGUAAUGGUAUCUAUGGGUUUCGACCCAGUGUAGGAUUGAUUCCUCAUGGUGGUGUAAGAGAUCUUACUCCGCCUGGAACAGAUGGUGUUAAGUCGACUGUCGGACCAAUGGCGACUUCGCUCCGGGAUUGCGAAUUACUCCUCAAGUCAAUACUUCAAGCAGACACCUGGGAGUAUGACAGUACUGCAAUUUCGAUUCCAUGGCUAGAUGUCAAGCCAGCACACAAACUCCGAGUUGGUGUUGCUCAAAAUGAUGGAGUCUUUACUCCAUCACCCCCAGUUCGACGGGGUUUCAAGCAGGUGGUUGAGUCCCUCGGUGAAAACAACGAAUUUGAGAUAAUUGCUAUUAAUCUACCCGACGUCACAUCGAUCUACCAAGACUUCAUCAGCUAUAUGACACUAUCAGGAAGCGAUUUCGAGCGAACAGGAGAGCCAGCAAUCCCAUCACUAGCAAAAACCGGCCUUCUAUCAGCGCCAGGCACGACUUUGCAAGGCUUCUUCGAAUUGAAUGACCGACGAGUACAAAUCGCGAAAACAUAUCUUAAACUUUUUCGCGAUAACGAUCUAGACGUAAUUCUCAUGCCACCUGCAGCGCAUACUGCAGUUCCCUUGGACUGUUGGUCGAGAGUGGCUUAUACAUGCUUGUGGAAUUAUCUUGACUAUCCAGCCAUUGUGGUUCCGGUAGAUCAAGUGCAAGAUACAGACUUGGCUGAUGAUUUGAGUAACGCAAAGUUCGGCCCAGACGAUGAACAGAUUUAUAAAUUGUUAAAACCCAAGCUGACAUAUACUCCCAAAGAUACCGGUCCUGAACAGUACAAGGACGCACCCGUUUGUGUGCAACUUGUAGGGUAUAGACACAAGGAUGAAGCUUUGCUGAAGGCGGCAGCUGUGUUGGACUCGAUCAUAAAAAAGGCGUAG